CCAUUUCCACACCUCAUCAAAACAAUCCAACGGUUCUUAUCAAAAGAAUCUAACGGCUCUCACUCACUCUCGUCCUCUUUAUAUAUCAAAACUGAAUCUUCCACUUCGUCACCUAAAACCCUCGAACUCAUCGCCUGUCAUCUCUAAGAUCUCUACUCAAACCAUGGCCACUAUCACCGCCGUUAAAGCUAGGCAGAUCUUCGACAGCCGUGGCAAUCCCACCGUUGAGGUCGAUGUCCACACAUCAAGUGGUGUUAAGGUUACAGCAGCGGUUCCGAGUGGAGCUUCCACUGGUAUCUACGAGGCUCUUGAGCUUAGGGAUGGUGGUUCUGACUACCUUGGAAAGGGUGUCUCUAAGGCUGUUGGCAAUGUGAACUCUAUCAUCGGCCCAGCUUUGAUUGGAAAGGACCCAACUCAGCAAACUGCUAUUGACAACUUCAUGGUCCAUGAACUUGAUGGUACCCAGAACGAGUGGGGAUGGUGCAAGCAAAAGCUUGGAGCCAAUGCUAUUCUUGCCGUAUCUCUAGCUGUCUGCAAAGCUGGGGCCGUUGUCAGUGGCAUUCCUCUCUACAAGCACAUUGCCAAUCUUGCUGGUAACCCUAAGAUUGUGCUACCUGUUCCUGCCUUCAACGUUAUCAAUGGUGGAUCACAUGCCGGAAACAAGCUCGCUAUGCAGGAGUUUAUGAUUCUUCCUAUUGGAGCUGCUUCUUUCAAGGAGGCCAUGAAAAUGGGUGUUGAAGUUUACCACAACUUGAAGUCUGUGAUUAAGAAGAAGUAUGGCCAGGAUGCUACAAACGUGGGUGAUGAAGGUGGCUUUGCACCAAACAUUCAGGAAAACAAGGAAGGUCUUGAAUUGCUCAAGACUGCUAUCGAGAAGGCUGGCUACACUGGCAAGGUUGUCAUUGGAAUGGAUGUUGCUGCUUCUGAGUUCUACUCAUCUGACAAGACCUACGACUUGAACUUCAAAGAAGAGAACAACAAUGGUUCUCAGAAGAUUUCUGGAGAUGCUCUCAAGGACCUGUACAAGUCCUUCGUUGCUGAGUACCCAAUUGUGUCCAUUGAGGACCCAUUUGACCAAGAUGACUGGGAGCACUAUGCUAAGAUGACUGCCGAGUGUGGUGACAAUGUUCAGAUUGUCGGUGAUGAUUUGUUGGUCACCAACCCCAAGAGAGUUGCCAAGGCAAUUGCAGAAAAGUCUUGCAAUGCUCUUCUCUUGAAGGUUAACCAAAUCGGAUCAGUAACAGAGAGUAUUGAGGCAGUGAAGAUGUCGAAGAGAGCAGGAUGGGGAGUGAUGGCCAGUCACCGAAGUGGUGAAACCGAGGAUACCUUCAUUGCUGAUCUAUCCGUUGGCUUGUCUACUGGACAAAUCAAGACGGGAGCUCCUUGCAGAUCCGAGCGUCUUGCCAAGUACAACCAGCUUUUGCGUAUUGAGGAGGAGUUGGGAUCAGAGGCAGUUUACGCUGGAGCCAACUUCCGCAAGCCUGUGGAGCCUUACUAGAAGGUGCAAGCUUUUCACGUAGCAAGGUUGUCCUUUGUGACGAGAAGAAGAUCAGAGUUGUGUUUGGUCAUUUUACUUCAAUAAAACAUUACGCUUUUUUUUUCUUUCUGCGUUUAUGGUUUGAACCCUUAUUUUUGUAAGAGAAACCUGAGAUGGCUUUGUCUUUAUUGACAACAGCAGCUCUUCUUUUAUGGUCUAAUAUCGGCUUUCCUCAAUUGAUCGUGUGAUACUUAUGAUUCACAUGGUCUGUCUUCAAACUAGUUACAUGUGUUGCAACUUGUUUCAAGCGUCUUUAGUAAAAAAUUUUUCUUUGGGUUUAAAGUUAUAACGCACAUUGCAAGGAAA